AUUGUUUCAGAUAUACUCUUUCAUUUCACGCAUAAACCAGCGAAAUCAAACAACACAGGUGCAAAAAUAGAAACUAACACAAUCAAAGAAGAAGAGAUAAAAGUAAGCAAGAAGGACAAAGGACAAACAAAUUUAUCGAGGUUCACCACCAAAUUGGGGCUACAUCCUCGUUGAGCUCGCCUCAUAGAAGUGACUUGCUCUUGCACUAAAUCAAUGGUGAUUACAACAGAUUUAUUAGAUUCCAAGUUACAGAAGAACAACUCACCACACAAAAAUGAAGAUAGCUCUGGGUUCUUGAAUCUCACUGUGUUGUUGAUGUUUUUGGUAAGUCUGACCAUAAAGAUCAUGAACCAAGAUCUAGUGAGGUUGGAUAGGUUUGAUGGAUCAUAUUUUACUAAGUGGCAAGACAAGGUGAAAUUCCUUUUGACAACACUCAAGAUAACCUACAUCCUUGAGUCGUCCUUGGCACCUCUAGCCGAACCAUCCGACAAAGACACUCCCGAGGAGGUGGCGAAAAGAAGAAAGAGAGAAGAGGACAACCUUCUUUGUAGGGGUCAUAUCCUUAAUGCCCUAUCCGAUAGGCUAUAUGACCUUUAUACCAAUACCAAAUCCACGAAGGAGAUUUGGGAUGCCUUGGAGAGUAAGUACAAGGCUGAGGAAGAAGGUACAAGAAAUUUCUUAAUUUCUCAAUAUUUUGAAUUUUCUUUCAUUGAUGGGAAAACUCUUUUACCUCAAAUUCAUGAGUUACAAGUGAUUGUAAACAAGUUGAAAGUUCUCAAGAUUGACCUUCCCGAGGCCUUCCAAGUUGGUGCAAUAGUGGCAAAAUUACCACCAACUUGGAGGAGCUAUAGGAAAAGAAUCCUCCAUAAGAAUGAGGAUUACACUUUGGAAGAGAUCCAAAAACACAUUAGAAUUGAAGAGGAAUAGAGAAUAAGAGACAAGGGUGUGAAUGAGUCUAAAGAUGAGACUUCCAAGGCCAAUGCGAUUUCACACAAGCAUUCCAAGGGCAACAACAAAAACAAAAAGGGUAGUGGGAACCCUUUAGGUCCAAAGAAAGAUCAUGGACAAUUCAAAGACGUGAGAGGUCAUUGUUUUGUUUGUGGAAAACCCGGGCACUAUGCUAGAGUAUGUAGGUACCGAAAGGACCCACAUGAGAAUGAAGUAAAUGUUAUAGAAAAGGAAGAAGAGAUCCUAGCAUGAUUACCAUGUUUAUGUGCCAUGUUGGAAAAAAAAUUAUUUUGUAAUAAAGCUUGUACUCUUGAAAGCUAUCAAUAAAAUUAAAGUAUUAUUCUA